AUGGUGGCUUGGGGUAGGCUCCAAAGUAUUUUUCAAGACAACAAAUCUUCCCGGGCCGUUACUCUUGAGCAAGAGUUCUCUAAUACUCUCAUGGAAGAUUUUCCUAAUGCAUCGGCAUAUUGUCAACGUCUAAAGAUGUUGGCGGAUCAACUUAAAAAUGUCGGCGCUCCUGUUUCUAACAAUCGUCUUGUGUUGCAAAUGGUUGCCGGUCUUACCGAGUCUUACAAUGUUGUUGGUACUCUUCUUCGCCAAAGUGACCCUCUCCCACCUUUUUAUCAAACCCGCUCUAUGUUGGUUUUAAAGGACGCCGGUUUUUCCAGAAAGGCAUCCACCAGGGCUGCCUCCUUGGCAAUGGUGGCACAUGACAUCACUUCUAUAGACUCUUCUACUUCUUACCGUGGGUCCGAUGGGGGGAAAAAGGGUCAUUCUCGCCAAAAUAAUGGCAAAAGUCGGACUUGUAGACAUAAAGGUGGCUCCAGCAAUGGAGCCAAGUCUGGCUGGAAUUUUUCUGCCAGCGGUAAGGGUGGCCAGCAGCGGCCACCGGCGGUCUACCCACAGCAGCAGUAG